AUGCAGGGUGUUCAGAUCGCGCAGAAUGCCGUGGAUACAGCUCAGACCAACUACGACAACGCGAUGAAGAAGCAGCAAGAAGCUCAGGCUGCCAUGCUGGCUGUUGAGCAGAAGCUUAAGAGAUUGAAUGACAAGACCAAGCUUCUUGGGUUGCAGGAAAAUAUCAAGGUCGUUUUGCGUGACUGUAUCGCCGUGUUGGUCGAUCUGUCCAUCCAGAUUGGCAAGCUAGAGAAGUUCUUCUCUCUCCUCACUAGCCUCAUCGAGGACAUUAUCCUCAAGAAGACCGACGUCCUCGCCGAGGAGAUGGGUGUUGUUGCCGAGAGGUCUUACAAGAAGAAGGCUCUCUCUAUGAGCGAUGUCGUCAGCCAGACGAUCUACACCUCCACGCUCCAGUCCAAGGCGUAUUUUUCCAUGCUUUACGACAUCGCUUUUAUGUAUGUCGAGAUUGACCGCGAUCACAUCGUCCCCGGUCUCGACAUGUGCAACGACUUCUCCGGUGCGUUGGCCAAGGGCACUCCUUUGGCGCAGCUCCAGGAGACUCUGCGCAAGUACAACGAGAGCUCCGGAAAGGCCCUGCAGGCCUUAAUCAAGAAUAAGCAAGAAAAGAUAAUGAACGGUCUCAAGGACCGUGCCCGUGCCGCGGCCGAGUCCUCCAAAGCCAUCGAAGCUACCCUCAACAAGCGCGGUAUCGCCAUCGACACCAGCGCCAAGAAGGCUAUUGAGAGCGGCGCCGAUGCCGCCAAGGAGAGUGCCCAGGCUGUUCUGGCCACCAUGCCCAGUCAGACUGCUGUUAUGCAGAAGCGUGCUCGAUUGAGCGAGGAAUAA